AUGACCGGCGCCACUGCAAAGCGGCCCUCUGAGCGCACUGCCUCAGCUGGGCGCUGCCGGUCUUCACAGUCCACAGACCCCAGUCCGCCCACCCGCCCCUGGCCGCGCACCAAAGCCUCCAGUUCCGCGCUCUCGCCACUUUGCGGAGAAGAGGGUCUGCGCCGACGCCGCGGAGAUGCCGAUUACUCAGCAGAUAAAGCAGCCUCCCUGAGCCCUCCACAACUUUCUAAUUGCAACAGACACGCAGCCACCUCGGAACGCGGUCCUCGCUUUUCAGAGCGCCGGCUCGCCUCUUUUGUGCGCCCUCUCAAUGGAUGUCUUCGCCUGGAUCUUACCCUUCCCAGCACCCACCCUGGGCCUCCGAGCCGGCUCCGGGAACGCAAUCCUCCCUUCUGUUCUCCGCCCUCCAGACUCUCCCUCCCUGAACGAUGCCAGAUCCCUUAG